AGGCUGUUGCCAGGGUAACUUGACAUCAUGCUGACGAACUUCCCUCUUUAAAAGCUUUUAAAGCGAUUGCUCCAGCCCUCGAGGUUCCAUUUUGAGGCCUCUUAACUAAGCAUGGGGGGAAGGGCAGCAGAGGCCUGUCUCUAGCACACACAAGCACAUGCUUGAGAAAGCAAAGUAAGGCCUGGAAAACAGACUGCACUGAGAAAGAACCAAGCUUAAAUCAUAAACCCGAACGAAAGAUACCUAAUCUGUUCAUAAAAUGGCCUCCGAGGACCUCUGCUUUAGUUACACUGUGCCGGGCUCGAACGAGAAGCACAGGAGGGCUCGUAACUGGACGGAUUCUGAGAUGAAAGCUCUUGUGUACAUUUGGGAAGAGUAUGUGACAGAGCUAAAGAAGGCUAAGCGCAAUGCUAAGAUCUACGAGACAAUGGCUAAGCAACUUUACGAAUUAACUGGGGAACAGCGACACAGGGAGGAGAUUAAGAUGAAGAUUACCAACAUGACUUUCCAAUUCAGGCAACUGAAGUACACAGCAAAUGGUGGGAAUGCUAUACCUGAUUGGCCGUACUACAAAUCUAUUGAGAGGAUCUUGUCAAAGGUUCCAGAGCAAGCCCAUAUGAGCCCACCGAACCUCUCGACGUCUGGCCCCUCCACCUCUCAACUUGAGUCUUCUGUGCCCCAGUCAGCUCCGCCAAGUGGGUUUCUACCUGAGUACACUGGUUCCUCAGAGGAGAGAGACAUCAACGAUGAGGAAGAAGGCCUAACAGAGAACUCAGGAAGUUCUUUUGAAACAAGGUCACAACCACGUAAGAGGCGGAGGCUGUCACAUGUGUCACUACGCCGAAAGAAGCUGCGUAUCCUGGAUGCAAUGCUGCAGGAACAACGCAGGGUAAGCCAUGCCGUUGAGGAGGCAUGUCAUGAAGUUCGUCGUGUUAUGCAUCAGCAAAACUUCCUGCAGGUGCAGAGCCUCCAGCUUCAGGAGCGAAUGAUGAACCUCUUGGAGAAGAUGAUUCCUGCUCAGCCUGCUCCUUCUUGGCCCAACCCACCACCCUCAAAGAGUUUAGGAACACCUACGCCUGAGUGACAGGACCUCAGAUACGGGACCUUUUUUGUCUUUGCAGAGGAAGCGUUGCUAUGCUAAGUAUAAAAGCUAUAACCAACUAGAUAGCGGUACAUUUUAGACCUGUUUGAGCACUGUUAAGACUUCUACUAUGAAUAUGUUAUUCAAAAAUGUUGACAGAUGUAACCUACACAAGCAAAUUUGUGAAGAAAUGAUAGUUUAUCUUGUUGAAACUAUCUGACUCAAAAUGUAUUUCUUUAUGCCUCAAAAGUUUAAAGUUGAUUGUUAUGUGACAAAAUGUGUUGUUUAUGAAAUCUGGUUUAUUUGAUUUCUAAAUUGCUGUGUAGUUGUUGAGAGUCUCAGAUAUCAGGCUUCUAACUCAACCAGAAAUGACAUGACUGACAGACAUCUAAAGGAUUUCAGAUCUCUUUUAAAGGGAUAGUUCACCCUAAAUUGGGGAGCCACGGCUACAUGACAUGCAUGUUCGUGUGACUCUAUUAGCACUGCAGUUCACCCUGUGUCACCCAGAAAAAGCACACCAAUGGCCAAGGUCAGGAUUGUCUGUAAAUAAUACAUUACAGUUCAUAUCGUAUACCCCCAGAACACUUGGAAUAUACGACACAUGUGGCAUUGGACCAUUCUGUGACACUUUUGUCUUUUUUAAAAAGCUUGAUGCUGGUCGCUAUUCACACAUAUGGACAAUCGCGAGUGGGACAUUUUUAAAAAACUCUCCUUUUGUGGUCCAUAAAAGAAAGAAGGGCAUAUGGCAUUAGAACAACACCAGGGUGAGUAAAUGAUGACUUACUUUCCAUUUUAGGGUGAACUAUCCCUUUAAGGCAUUCUAUAAGAGGACAAACUACACACCCCUACUAAUUACGUCCCCUACCUCAGGUUAUGCCAGGUUACAUCAGUACUGCUCUUUUUCUACUUCACUGUCCUGGCUUUUUAAGCUUCACUAUCGCCACCUAGUGAUAAGGAAUACAAAUCGUAUAACAGAUAACCAGACGCCGUAGUUAUCCUGUUUGUUUUCAUUAAUUUUUAAAGUAUUUUAAUUAUGAAACUUUGAGGAAAAUUUUAAGUGUGUGGGGGGUGGGUAGGUUUUUAGCUAUAAUUACAAUGAGUCUGUAUUAAUUUGAUAGUAUAAUUUAUGUUAUGUUUUACUACUAGCUGUUAUUUCAUAAUAAGAUUCGAAAGCAAUAUAAGCUCAUCUUACAAUCAUUUCAUACAUAAAACAUAACAUAAUUUACUUCAAAAGAUUGUUUUAGUCAAUGACAUCCAAGCUUGUUUCUUCACGGGAGGCGUAACUUCUUGUAGUAGGCGUAAUUUGCAGGGGCGUGGUUUACUGCAGAAUGCAGACAGAAAACUCCAAAUGGUUGGUGGAAGUUUAGUUAGUACCAUUACAGAUCAAUGUUACCAGUACACUUUUACAGCUUAGCACAAUUUAGCAAAAUGUAACAUCAUGUUAGUAAAUGUUACAGAAUGCAUUUGUUUUAGUAGCAGUUUAUAUGCUUAUGUGUCAAGAACAUACAACUCAUAUAGCUUAGAUCAGUUAAAAUUUACAAAAAUUAAAAAAAUUCAAUUCACAUAAAAUGACCUAAAUACAAACCUUUUAUGAUUUUUUUGUGAGAUGUCAGAAAUGUCUAAGUGGUCCAACCAUUCUAAGAUUGUGAAAAAGAAAAAUUUUCAUUAAAAAGCUGAAAUUCUUGAAAAAAAAAAAAAGAAUGAAUGUUGGCAUAAGCAGUUUGGAAUAAUCUUUCAUUAUAAUUUUUUUAAAGGUGAAUCAAUAUUUAUCUGACAAAUUAAAGUCUGAGCUCAGAACAGCAUACCAUACUACUCCUUCAAAAAAGUUAGAUUUUAUUUCCAUCAUUUACACUUUCAAAAUAACAGAAAACAAAAAAAUGGCGUCUGCAAAAGUUUGGGCACCCUGCGGAGUUAAUACCUUGUACUGCCCCCUUUGGCAAGUAUCACAGCUUGUAAACGCUUUUUGUAGCCAGCCAAGAGUCUUUCAGUUCUUGUUUGAGGUAUCUUCGCCCAUUCUUCCUUACAAAAGUCUUCCAGUUCUUUGAGAUUUCUGGGCUGUCUGUCACGCACUGCUCUUUUAAGGUCUAUUCAUAGAUUUUUAAUUAUGUUGAGGUCAGGAGAUUGUGAAGGCCAUGGCAAAACCUUCAGUUUACGCCUCUUGAUGUAAGGUGUGUUUAGAUUUUGAGGUGUGUUUAGGAUCAUUGUCCAUUUGUAGAAGCCAUCAACUUCAGCUUUUUCACAGAUGGCAUCAAGUUAGCGUCCAAAAUUUGCUGAAAUUUUAUUGAAUCCAUUUUUCCUUCUACUCGUGAAAUGUUCCCUGUGCCACUGGCUGCAAUACAACCCCAAAGCAUGAUUGAUUGAUUGAUUGAUUGUUUUUCUUCUGAUGACUCUUCCAUGAAGACCAUAUUUGUACAAGUAUCUCUUUAUAGUGGAAUAGUGUACCACAACUCCAGUGUCUGACAGAUCUUUCUGGAGGGAUCGUGCAGUCAAACGUGGGUUUUGACUUGCUUUUCUCACAAUCCUGCGAGCUGUUCUGUCUGAUAUUUUUUUUGGUCUUCCAGAUCUUGCUUUAACUUCCUCUGUUCCUGAUGACUGCCAUUUCUUAAUUACAUUCUGAACAGAGGAUAUUGGCAUCUGAAAACGCUUUGCUAUCUUCUUAUAGCCUUCUCCUGCUUUGUGAGCGUCAACUAUUUUCAGUUUCAGUUUUCUAGACAACUGCUUAGAAGAACCCAUGGUGCUGAUGGUUGGGGCAAGGUCAGAUGAGUCUGGGCAUUUAAAACCUUUGAGAUUGACAUCACCUGGUCUUUCCAGACGAUGAUUGAGAACAAUCCAUGACACUGUCAGGUCUCAGCUUUCCAAAGGGGGCGGUGCAUGCUAUAAACUCUGCAGGGUGCCCAAACUUUUGCAGAAGCCAUUUUUUUAUUUU